UCAAGAUGGAGUACAAGAAGCAAGCUCUCAAAUUACCAGUGAUAAACUUUGAUAUAAUUACAGCAAAAAGUGGUGAGGGUUUAAUUCAGAAAAGGCAUGGAGACUUAUUGCCAAAUACGAUACGUUGUGCUAUAAUUGGUGGAAGUAAUUGUGUAAAUCAUUAUACCAACCAAAACAUGACUGAAUUUAAAAGAGACAUAGUGCGAGAGCUUCAUGCACCAGCUCGCCGAAAUUUUCCAAGACGUAAAGUUGAUAUUCGAGAUAAGGAUGAAACUUGGCAAGCUGAUCUUGUUGACAUGAUUGAACACUCAUCUGUAAAUUCUGGAUAUAAAUAUAUUUUGACUAUUAUUGAUAUUUUUUCAAAGUUCAGUUGGGCUGUUGAACUCAAAAGCAAGACUGGAAGAGAAGUAUCAGCUGCAAUGGAAUCAAUAUUUAAAAAAGGACGAGUUUGUAAAAAUCUACAUGUGGAUCAAGGAACAGAAUUAUAUAAUUCCAUUUUCAAGCGAUGCUAA